AUGGGUUCCAAGGUUUCCCUUGUUCUAGUUGUGUUCUUGGCCACUAUCCUUCUCAUCUCUAGUGAGGUUAUACCCAAAGACUUCGAAGAGAAACAUGACAAAGAAGAUGGGAAUCUUGCCACAAAUGGGGUAGAUGAAAGCAAAUAUGGCUAUGGCGGUUAUGGUGGGCGUGGUGGCUAUGGAGGUUAUGGUGGGCGUGGUGGCUAUGGAGGUUAUGGUGGGCGUGGCGGCUAUGGUGGGCGUGGAGGUUAUGGUGGGCGUGGCGGCGGCUAUGGUGGGCGUGGAGGUCAUGGUGGUCGUUAUUGUCCCUAUGGUUGCUGA